CAGGUGGCACCUGCGAUGCACGUAGACGACGACGCCGUGGCAGUGUACGUGUACCGCGGGCGGCAUAUUCUCUCCGUCGAUCGAUCAGACACCGCAACCUCCCGUCGCGUGUCGGAUCUUUUCCUCUCGACAGGCGGUGGGGUCCGCCCCGCCCGCUGCGCGCGGCGGCAGCAUCUCGCCACCCAAUCCGCACCCAAAUCUCGCGUCGGCGUCCCUCGAAAAAGCAGCCGCCGCACGCCACUUCGCGUCUCGGCCAACCGCCGGCGCGGGAGAGCAAGGGUCAAGGGCGGCUCUCAGCUCAGCUCGCGGCCUUCGCCCGAACCCCCUUCCCCGCUGCUCCCCCUACCAUGCGCGUCUCCGACCGCGACGACCUCCCGAGUACCGCGCCCAGCUCCAGCUCCCAGCUCACGUCCCCAGAUGGUGAACCGCGACAAGGCCGGCUGCCCCACGGCCGCGGCCACGCUGCCCCUCGACCGUCUCCUGGCCUCGCUCGCCGCCAACGCGGAGCAGCUGGGGAAGAGGUGGGAGAUCGCCGUCCGCGACCGGAGGGCCAGAGCGGCCGAGCGGAGGAUGGAGGCGGAUGCGGCGCCGCCGGUGCAGCUGCACACGCCGCUCUUCUAUGCCACCUGCGCCCUCGGCGGGGUCCUCAGCACCGGCCUCACCCACCUCGCAGUCACGCCGCUCGACCUCGUCAAGUGCAAUAUGCAGGUUGACCCUAGCAAGUACAGGGACAUCUCGUCUGGCUUCGGUGUGCUGCUCCAAGAGCAAGGUCUUGGUGGGUUCUUCAAAGGCUGGAUGGCCACGCUGGUUGGGUAUAGUAGCCAGGGAGCUUGCAAGUUUGGUUUCUACGAGUACUUCAAGAAGUGUUACUCGGACAUUGCUGGCCCCGAGAAUGCUGACAGGUUGAAGACCGUCAUCUACCUCGCUGCAUCGGCGUCGGCUGAGGUAAUUGCAGAUUUAGCUCUCUGCCCCAUGGAAGCCGUCAAGGUUCGAAUCCAGACCCAGCCGGGAUUCGCUCGAUGCCUAACCGAUGGGCUUCCGAAGCUUGUCCGGUCCGAAGGUGCCUUUGGGCUUUACAAGGGAAUAGUUCCUCUUUGGGGCCGCCAAAUUCCUU